ACCCCGCAACCGUCCAUCAACCGCUCAGAACUAAUAGCAAAAGCUCGCACCUUCCUAUCAACCCCCCAUAUCCGCUCGCAGGACAAUACCUCCAAACAGGCGUUUCUCGUCGAGAAGGGGCUUACACAAGACGAGAUCCACUCACUACUCCGGAAAAUCCCUCUACCAGUACCACCACGGACAUAUCCCCAGCCUCCUCCAUCCAAUCUCCCCAACAUGCUCGUUGGGAUUGCGCGUAUAUUUACGUGGCUCACUGGUACCUCUGCAUUCGUCCUGUUCAUCUACUACCGGUUUCUUCUACCAAGAAUCUCCCAAAUUUAUCACGCUCGCCAUAUACUCCGUGCGCACCAGUCAGGACUCAUGCUCCGCCUCAACAAUUCCCUCGCUACAUUCAAGGAGAAGCAAGCGGAAUAUUUCGUUAAUCUACCAAAAUCCGUGCUAUAUAAAGAGGAGCCAGAAUACGCAGACUGCCAUUCGCUAGAUGAUAUCCUUGCAUGUCGCCACAAGGCAGAUAUCGACGACGACGAUGCUGGUGACACAUCAAAUGUCUCAAUUUUGCGCUCUGCUAUCGAGGAACUGGCUUGUUCGAAAGAAAGCACCGAGGGAAUAAGCACGGGGGAUCUAUUCAACUAUCUGGAGAGUCAAAAUCUGUUUCGCUUGGACUGUGCAGGUUUGAAACCUGCCAAUGCCAAGGUUUUUUUCCUAUAG